AUGGAGAACUCACACCCUCGCAAUCGACGACUCGUAACCUACGGCUCUGCUGCCAAAAGCCAACCCCCGUUGAAUAACGAAAGGCCUGUACACUCAUCUGCCGCUAAAACAACUCCUAAAGAUAUGCCUUUGCCCAAGUCGUCACGUCUCUCACGGCCCUUCCACACCAGGUUACAGCGCGACAAGAAUGGAGAUAAACAACCGUCUGGAUCGGAAAAAAUGACCACGACGCGAAGUCUUACGCAAUCAAAACCUAUUAUGGAACCUAAUGUGUAUGACUUGCCCUCUUCAGACGAUGAACAUAUGUAUAUGGUCCAGAGAAAGCGAAGGCGAUAUAGCCCCGAUGGAAACAAAGCCAUUCCUGUGACGAAGCCAUCCGUGAAGCCAAAUGAGACAGAAAUGAGAGAUCGUAAGGUGUCACCACAAAUGGAGAAGAGGGUUCCCAAUAGUCGGUGGCCAUUAGCCAAAAAGCCAGAAGCCGAUCAGCAGACAAACCCCGCGGGGUCAACGUCGUAUUCAAGGGCUAGGAGGUCUGUGCGGAACCAGACCAAGGUAUCUACUCUCGAGAAUGAAAUGGAAAUUUCAACCGAAGGGAGCUUUGGGGACGGAGAGUCCGUGCGAAAGAGCUCACCGGACGUCAACCAGGGCUAUGCCACUAAAGCGAACACCACCCCUGGUCGAAGGAGGCUGAUUGAUUCGCUCGGGAUCACGGAACACACGGUUGAAACAUCUCCAGCGAUUGAAACAUCACCGGAGAGUCCCUCUAGUAGUCAGCCGUCUCGAGAUCCAGCCCCCGUUGACCGAGCUUCGCCAAGUGCAGCUGUGAAUGAGUGUCCUGCCGAAAGCCAAAUUCAAGGAUCUCCUGCCUCGGUGCCAUCUCAUUUACGAGGUUCCCGCGUCACCUAUGCCCGCCAGCGUUCUUUUUUGGAUGACAUGGUUAUGUCAGAGGACCCUUCUAUGCAGGAUGCUCCCUCUGGCCCAAAGCACCGCUCUCAGUCUGUCCAACGUCAGUUGAAUUACGAGGCUACUUCCAGUGCCCGUUUAAUCGUGCCAAUUGAGGAUACCAACGAGGAUGGAUCUGUCCGAAGUAUUCAUGAGCUCAGACAAGCUGGGGGAAACGCUCGUUACCGAGGCGCCGUCGAAUCUAUCUUUGAGGAUAUCGAAGAUCCGCAAAACUCAUUGACGGGUCGAUGCAAUGCAAUUCUCCAACUGUGUGGUAAACUUCUGGAUACUGGUCUCAGACGGCGGUUUGUCGAGUGCAAUUUUGACAAAAGGCUUGUGGAUUGUCUAUCUAUGGAUCUUCAAGUGGUCCCCACUAUUCUAGCUUUCUGUGCCUACGCACUGGGAUCAUCGGAUGGGCACAUGUCUUAUGUUCUUGCAACUUCCGCAUGGCCUAAGCUCCUGAGUGCUUCGCCUGCCUUAUUGGGCAUGCAAGACGAUAUACUAGUGACCGCAAGAGCUAAAGCCAGCGGCCUUCCCCGGCACUUGCAAAAUACAAUCCAGGGCACUAUUCCACAGAUAUCCGCUGUGCUUUUUCCCGAUACCGCAUCGUCGAAGCUGUCCCCAUGCACUCUGGCGUUGUAUUGCCUGAGGUCGACGAUCUCCACGAUGCAAACCAAGGGAAAGAACCCUAGCCUCUCCACAUCUCUUCUGAAACCUUUGGUUCAAGUGCUCGUGUCCGAAAGCCAGCGUUGUGUUUCAUUGGAAAAAUUACACCCGGAGAGCUCUCAAAUACUGUGCAUGGGCUUUUCAAUCUUGGAAGCUUCUACUGCAUUGGCUGAAUCGCUCACAAAAGAGCAAUGGGAUAUUCUAGGUCCGCUCUCUGAACUUCAUAGCCUGCUCUCCUUGGAGUCGGGCACUGUCAGCCAAAUACAACCCCUUUACAUUCGACUUAUCUUGAAUGUGACCAACAGCAACCCCUCCUUCUGUGAUAGAUUUGCAAACUCGGAGAUAGUUGGGGGGCUAGUCCGGAUUGUCUCUGCGAACUUUGGUGACUUGACCGAAGAUGCGCUUGGACAAGCGAAUAAUUCUCUGGACAGCGUGAUAUUGGCGCUCGGCGCACUUAUCAAUCUUACUGAACAGAGUGAAGCAUCAAGAACGAUUUUUCUUCACUCUGCUGGUUCCUCGAAGCCUUUCCUUGAUCAAUUGUUGCAUUUAUUCAUGACUCAUGUCGAUUCCAUCUCCACGGCUCAUUCGGUCUUGGAAGUACACCACAAUGUUGCCGUGGGAUAUUUGGCCGUCCUGUUACUUACACUCAAUUUGGAUCCUGAUACCCGAUCCAAAAUCAAGAGCUCACUCGCUCCUAAUGGAUUAGCAGUGGUGAUAUCUACCGUUGAUGAAUUCCUGCAAUACCAUCAGAAGAUUGAACAAGAAACCUCCACUUUCCCAACUCAAGGACAACCGGCGAGUGGUUUCUUAUCCAGAUUACAAGAACUUGUCACUCGGAUUCGGUUGGCAGAGCAAUGA